CUCACCAAGGAUGCUGAGAAACAAAGUGAGGGGGUUGCCAUCACCAUAGAUGAUGAAGUGGUGAUUGUUGAUGAGAAGAUCAAUGACGAGAUCUUGGAAAAGAUAGUGGAAGCCAAAGGAAAAGGAAAGGUUGGAGAAGAGAAGAAAACAGUUAAAGAUGGUGAAGUUGUCACUCCUGCAAGUGAAAGUUCUUUUGUUCCUCCUGCCUAUGAACCUAAGCUUCCAUUCCCAGGUCGAUUCAAGAGGCAGUUGCUAGAGAAGUACAAAGCUCUGUUUGACAAGCAAAUGAGUGAAGUCCAGGUCACAAUGCCCAUUAUUGAUGCUUUCAUGCUGAUUCCUCAGUACAGUAAGUUCCUAAAAGAUGCUGUAGCUGCAAAGAAGAAAGAGAUGGAGGGCAUGGUGAUUCUCACUCAUGAGUGCAGUGCUAUCAUUCAGAGGCUGGUCAUACCAAAGAAGCUAGAAGAUCCAGGAUGCUUCACAUUACCUUGUGCUCUUGGGCCUAUGGUAUUCGAUAGGUGUCUCUGCGAUUUGGGAGCUAGUGUCAGCUUGAUGCCCCUAUCUGUUGCUAAGAAGCUCGGUUUCACUCAGUACAAGAAGUGUAGACUUUCUCUGGUAUUGGCUGAUCGUUCAGUUAAGUACCCUGUGGGUAUCUUAGAGGACCUCCCAGUGAUGGUUGGAAAUUAUGAGAUCCCUACAGACUUUGUAGUGCUUGAAAUGGGUGAAGAAGCUCAAGACCCUUUAAUCCUUGGAAGGCCUUUCUUAGCCACAGCUGGAGCCAUUGUUAAUGUGAAAGAAGGCAAGAUUGAUCUCCAUCUGGGUAAAGGGCACGUUCUCCAUUUCGACAUCAAGGAGGUAAUGAGGAGGCCAACAGUUCAAGGGCAGGUGUUCUACAUUGAAGAGAUGGACGCCCUUGCUGAUGAAAUCCUUGAAGAGUUGUCACUAGAGGACCCUCUACAGCAUGCUUUGACUGUAGAGAAAGAGGCUGAGGUGGUUGAGAACCUGGAGAGUACUGCCUAUGGGAUGAUGCUGGAUUCACACCAGGGGUUUUUCAGUGAGGAUCAGUACGAGGAGCUUCCCCAGAUGGUUCACCAAGAAGUCUCAGUCACUCAACAAGAGGACAACCAGCAAGAUGACUGGAGUGAACUUAAGGCACCUAAAGUGGAGCUUAAACCUCUUCCCCAUGGUGUAAGGUAUGCAUUUCUUGGUCCUAAUGAAACUUACCCUGUCAUUGUGAGUAGUGAACUUACUGAAAGUGAGCUAUCUGAACUUUUGAGAACACUUAAAAGAUUUAGAAAGGCAAUAGGUUACUCACUAGAUGACAUCAAGGGGAUAUCACCCUCUCUGUGCAUGCAUAGGAUACAUCUUGAGGAUGAAUCAAUGACUUCUAUCGAGCAUCAAAGAAGGUUAAAUCCUAACCUGAAGGAUGUUGUAAAGAAAGAGAUUCUUAAACUCCUAGAUGCUGGUGUUAUUUACCCUAUCUCAGAUUCUAAAUGGGUAUCACCUGUGCAUGUUGUACCAAAGAAAGGUGGUAUCACUGUGAUUAAGAAUGACAAGGAUGAAUUGAUACCAACAAGAACCAUCACAUGUCAUAGAAUGUGCAUUGAUUACCGAAAACUAAACUCUGCAUCUAGAAAGGAUCAUUUUCCAUUACCAUUUAUUGAUCAGAUGCUUGAGAGACUUGCAAAUCACCCAUUCUAUUGUUUCCUUGAUGGGUAUUCAGGAUUUUUCCAAAUCCCCAUACAUCCCAAUGAUCAAGAGAAAACGACAUUCACAUGUCCAUAUGGUACCUUUGCAUAUCGAAGGAUGCCAUUUGGUCUAUGUAAUGCUCCAGCCACCUUUCAAAGGUGCAUGAUGUCAAUUUUCUCUGAUCUGAUUGAGGAUGUUGUGGAGGUAUUUAUGGAUGAUUUCUCUGUCUAUGGAUCUUCGUUUUCUGCUUGUUUGUCAAAUUUGUGCAGGGUCCUACAGAGAUGUGAAGACACCAACCUUGUGCUGAAUUGGGAGAAGUGUCACUUCAUGGUCAAGGAAGGGAUUGUGCUAGGACACAAGAUUUCAGAGAAGGGGAUUGAGGUGGAUAAAGCCAAAAUCGAUGUUAUGGUUGGUCUGCCUCCACCAAAGACAGUGAAAGACAUCCGGAGUUUUCUUGGCCAUGCUGGAUUCUACAGGAGGUUCAUCAAGGAUUUCUCCUUGAUAACUAGACCUUUGACCAGGCUGCUGUGCAAGGAAGCUACCUUCAGUUUUGAUGUGGAAUGCCUACAAGCUUUCAAGAAGCUAAAAGGUGAACUCGUUAGUGCCCCAAUUGUCCAGCCACCUGAUUGGGAUUUUCCUUUUGAGAUCAUGUGUGACGCCAGUGACUAUGCUGUGGGAGCUGUUUUGGGGCAGAAGAAAGAUGGCAAAACCCAUGUGAUCUACUAUGCCAGCCAAACCCUCAAUGAUGCUCAGAUGAGGUAUGCCACAACAGAGAAAGAGAUGCUGGCAAUUGUUUUUGCCUUUGAGAAGUUCAGGAGCUACUUGGUUGGGUCUAAAGUCAUUGUCUACACCGAUCAUGCUGCCUUGAGACACCUUUUGGCCAAGAAGGAUGCAAAACCCAGGCUUUUGAGGUGGAUCCUUUUGCUCCAAGAGUUUGAUAUGGAAAUCAAAGACAAACCCGGAGUUGAGAAUGGAGUAGCUGAUCAUUUGUCCAGGUUGAGGGUAGAGUCUGGUAUCCCUAUUGACGAAGGACUUCCUGAGGAGCAGAUCAUGGCUAUCGAAGCAGUGAUAGCAGUCUGUGAGACUGGUAGGAAGCUGGAAGAAGUCCAAGCAACAGAGGAGAAAGAACCUUGGUAUGCCGAUUUAGUGAACUACCUAGCCACAGGAAAAGAACCUCUGAAUCUUGUGGGCUAUGCCAAGAAGAAGUUCUAUAAGGAUGUGAAAAGAUACUACUGGGAUGAGCCCUACCUCUACAUUCUCUGCAAGGAUCAGCUUUAUAGGAGAGUGGUUGCAAAUGAGGAGAUUGAUGGGAUCCUUGCACAGUGUCAUGGAUCAUCCUAUGGAGGUCACUUUGCCACCUUCAAAACAGUUGCAAAAGUAUUACAAGCUGGAUUCUGGUGGCCACAUAUGUUCAAGGAUACACAAGACUUUGUUUCGAAGUGUGAUUCUUGCCAAAGAAGAGGAAACAUCACCAGGUUCAUGGAUUUGGGGGUUUUCGAAUUUGAUCUUAAUUGGGUGAAAAUGGUUAAGAAGACAAAGGGAAGGUUGGAAGCUGAGAGGCAAGAAGCCGAAAGUCAAGAGUUUGCCCUAAGAGGAAAAGCUUUAACCAGCGAGCCAACUGGCUCAGGGACGCAGAGGACUGUGCGACAGCAGACGUUGGCUGCAAGGAAAUCGAAAGAACACGAGAAGAGGGCAGGGAAAAGUGUACCAGUUCCCACCCAUGAGGAAGGUGAAACUGAGAGUGAAGAUGAGCCGGCACCUACGAAGAAAGCCAAGAUGUCAAAGGGCAAAGGGGUUGCUGUUGAUCGAGACAGAGCGAAAACUCCAUCUGUGGAGGAGCUAUAUGAUCAUUUGAAGAAUGGAGUCACUUGGGCUCCAACCAGGUUUGCCGACCUCGAUUUGCUGAAGGAGUUGGGUCUAGAGUCUGAUAUUGAGGAUGUCACUUGUCAGUUCCUAUCCUCUCUUGUGGUCACUUACCACGACACGGCGCAUGUGAGACAAGGAUGGGGAAAAAUCAGGUUCAAGGUCAAUGGAAGAGAAUACAACAUGAACUUCAAGGACAUUGGGAGGGUCAUGGGGUUCCAAGACCUAGAAGACCACUCACUUCCCAAGUGUGAGAACCUCCCCACAGAGCUCUGGAAGUUGAUCACUGGAAACAAGCACUCUACCGGGGCGGACAAGAACUCACACAUCCGACACCCGUCUGUACGCUACCUCCACAGAUUGCUAGUCCAUGCUUUUUACCCACGGAAGCAAGCUGGUACGACACAUCUGAGCAUAUCUAUGGACCUCCGCGCUACUACUUCAAGCCCCAUGACGGAGUCCUUCCCCCUGGAGCUCUCCGUGAUGCUCAUGACCACAUUGGUCGUCUCCAGAGGUGGAACAAAGCUCAGGACAGAACGAUAG